CGGAGGUCCAAUUGUAAAAUUUCAUCGCGUUAACCUAAAUGAGGCCUUUUUCACAUAAACUGUUUAGUUGGGCCAAAAGUCUCUAUUCGAAACAUUUCGGGGUUAUAAACUUAUAAUUAUAAAUCGGCCUAGGGUUUUAAUAUCAUCUGCUGCCGUCUCUACCGAACAUCGCCACUGCAAAUGCAAUAGGUAAAGAAGGUAGAGUCGCCGUCGCCGUACUUAGUACCGGAGUAAUCCCGCAACCUCUACAGGUUUAUUUUCGAAGCUAGAAGAUGGCGUAUGCAGCGAUGAAACCAACAAAGCCAGGGCUUGAAGAGCCUCAAGAACAGAUUCACAAGAUUAGGAUUACCCUUUCCUCCAAGAAUGUUAAGAAUCUUGAAAAAGUGUGUGCUGAUUUGGUUCGUGGUGCAAAGGACAAGAAGUUGAGAGUUAAGGGACCAGUUAGAAUGCCCACCAAGGUUCUUAAUAUCACAACCAGGAAGUCUCCUUGUGGUGAAGGAACAAACACAUGGGACAGAUUUGAGCUUCGUGUUCAUAAACGUGUGAUUGAUCUUUUCAGCUCACCAGAUGUUGUGAAGCAAAUCACCUCCAUCACCAUUGAACCUGGUGUUGAGGUUGAGGUCACCAUUGCCGAUUCUUAGAUUUCCAACUGUUGUUUGACUUGCCCCAUACAUUUACUAUGUUCUAUUUUGGGUAAGAUUUCAUAUAGGUUAAAUACUUUUUGUAUUUUUGCAAGUGUUUCAAGUGAAGAAAUUGAGAGUCGUGUUUAUUUUUAAACUAUUGUAUUUUCAUCAACUUAGUGCAUUUCAAAGUUCAUGCCUAGUUUAGUUUUUUCGAUUGGUGUGUAGUAUCAUGUGAGAUUUUGGAUUGGAUUCGUAAAACCAUUUUGAAUAUGUAGAAGGAAAAAACAGAAAAUGGGUGAUCUCAUGUAACAAAUUGAUCACGUUUCUUGGCAUUUUAGCAUAAUUAUAAUUUCCC